CGAAUUUCUAGCCAGUUUUUAUAGUCUUUUGUCGCAAAAAUGUACUGUAAUAAAUCAAACACGGCUAUUAUUUAAUGUUAAUUGUAUCAAAUGGACAUUAAAAUUUAUAAAUCUAAGCGUUUCCGCCGGGCAUUGAAGUUCUCGUGAUGUCACGAAUUCAUUGAAUUAAAAUCAAGAGCUCGGCGUUAAGUGAGAUCUCCGCCUACAACGGCUCGUUUAAAUUAUGCGGCUAUUGAGAUUGAUUGUUUGAUGAUGGCAACUAUGUCUGGAGAAACCGAUAGGGCGUCUCGACCGAAUUCCCUGCUGUUGGAGGCUCCCGCACCGGAACGAGAGCCCCUUCGCUUCGAUGUGCAGCUCGUCGGAGCGCCGCCAGAGGUGGAACAGCUCGUCAACAACAUUAAACAAGUGGCUGAAGACUUUCUCUACCACUGGAAAACUUUUCCCAUUGUUCUGCCUGCUUCAAGGUUUACUGGUCCGGGUAACAGACCUUCAGACAUUAUUAUCGCUCCUUCAUGCGAUGAGCUGGAUGCAGCUGCCCUCGAUGCUGGCUGUGAGCCCCACCCACUCACACCUAAACAGCUUCAUAGCAUAAGGGAGAGAGGGGAGUUCGAAGUCCCCUCCCGUCACUUCCCCGGGCAGACCCAUGUGUGGCGGGUAGCUGGGUGGCUUCAGCGGGGACGGACUCGAGCGAGGGAGGAGCUAUACUGCCAUGUGGCGAGGGCAGCGGCGCUUAUAGUGGUCGUGGCUAGGGACAGGCUACUACGAGAUGAGCCCCUGUCCGUCAUAGCUGGGGCCAGAGCGCUACUGGAUGGGCUGUACAGAUUGCUGGAUCUAGCAGUGGGUAUGCCAUCUCUGGAGGCCCGUGACCUUGACAAGAAACUGCGAGAGGAGAGGUCACGUUAUUUGGUCGCUGAGCUCAUCUGUAAGCCGGAGAACCAAGAGGAUGUAGCGGCGCUGGCGGCGUGGGUAACGCGCGCCAUGCGCCGCGCCGCGUCAGAGAAGACGGACGCCCGCGACGCGCCGCGCGCCGUGCCGCGAGUGCCCUACCUGUACACCACGCCGCAGCGGACGCAGGUGGACCUGCGUUUAUACAAGCGCGACAUCUUGCGUCGCGCGGCGCCGGUUCUGCAGCAGAUCCUGGAGCGGGAGUCGCGCGGCUGGUUCCUGCACUUCCGUGAGCGCACCGCCGCACACCUCGCCAGCCAGAAGGUGCCCCGGGAGGAUAUUGAGGAGGAGGUUCGCGGUGCGGCACUGCGCGAGUACGUGUCGCGCGUGUGCGGCGCGGUGGCGGGCAGCGCGGAGCUGGCGGCGCUCGGCGCGCACGUGCCCCCGCUGCUCGCCGAACAGCUGCGCGCCGCCGUCAUCGUCGACAGGGCCGAAGAAAGCGUACGUCGUGCGGUCGCAGCGGGUGCACGGGCCGCAGAAGCGCGCGCGCGGGCCGCACACCCCAUUCUAUCCCGUGCUAGCGCAUGGAGACGCGAGCGUGCGGCGCGCGCGUCGGCGGCGUUGCGUCGCGAUGCACGGUGGGCGGCGCUCGACGACGCGGCACAGCGUCUGCAACACCAUGCGCUGUACCAGCACAGAUAUUUUCUGUUGAGGGAUAUUGCGUUUAUGCGUGACCGCGAACCGCUGCUAAUGAAGGAACUACAAGCGGCCAAAACGCCGACUCGCGAGUUCACAUUCGCGACUCGCAUCUGGUUACCUCGGAAUUGGACGAUUACACGUCACUUCCGCGGCCGCGCGGAGCGUAUACCCACUGUGAUCAGCACCCGAGCCACCAACAUAGUGACGCCGCGCUCGGACCCCUCCCAGCCAGUGUUUCUGGCGGACAGAGAGAAGAUGCGCACCACCACGACAAGAUGGUUCGGCUGGAGACUGUUGAAUUUUGCGCACAGAUCUUGGUCAUGGUCGUGGAACCUGAUGUUCGUGCUCGGCGUGCUGGUGCCGUGGUGCUCGGCGCUGUCGCUGCGCACGCUGCUCUGCGUCAAGCCCUUCGUGCCCGACCUCGACCUCUCGCAGGUGAACGGAACUCUAUUCCCGAAGCGCAGCAGCGAGACGCAAACGAUGUGGUCGCGGCUGCUGAAGCUGUGGCGACACGUCUCCAAGGAGCGGACGCGCUUCGAAACUGAGCCCGAUACAGGUUUACUGGGCAAGGGUCUCAGUCGGCAAGCGAACCGUCUCUGGUGGUACUGUGCCGGGGGGCUGGGGUCCAUCGUGCUUCUGCUGCUGUUCCCGCUGGCGGCGCUAGUGGCGAGCGCCGGCGCGAUAGUGCUGGCGGCGGCCGGACCGCUCGUGGCCCCGCCCCUCGCCGCUGUGCUGCAUGCUGGCCACGCCCUCGUGUACGACGCGGACUGUCCUGAUCCGCCGAGACUCAACAGAUGGUUCGUGUUGUUCGAGGCGCUGAUCUGGCGUAUCGGUGUACUGGGGCUGCUGCAGCCGAUACUGGCGGUGAUUGUCGCCGUGUUCAUGUGUCCUCUCGGCGCCGUGCUGUUGUUAGUCGGUGGCAGCGUGUGGUGGGCGUGCCGCGGCGCGUGGGAGGCGUGCGCGUGGCGGCUGGUGAUCGUGCGCGGCGCGCGCGUGCCCGCUCACGACUCGCGCUUCGCCCGCCGCGUCGCCGGCCCCGCUCUGCACUCGCACCUGUCGUAUCAGAUCACGCCGGCGCAGGCGCUAGCGGCGGUAAUGUCACGAUCUGAGCUGGACGCGUUGGCGACGUGGGCGGCGGAGCUCGAGGCCGCCAUAGAGCGCCCGCUGCGCGACUACAGACACUUCGUCGACGCCUGCUUUGGACCGUUCUCCGUGCAAAUCGCCAAGACGGGCGCCUACAAGCAGCUAGAGAAGGAGUGCGGCGAGCUGGUGCUGUCCGCUCGGGAGAAGGUGGCGGCGCGGCGACGCGACCUCGCGCUCGGCCUGAGCGACGCCGCGCGAGCUCGCGUCAGGAUGCCGGCGCAGGAUUUGAGGACGGCAGUCCAAGCGGCGGCGGUGGAGUUGUCUCGGUGUGCGGGCGCCCGGCCCGACGAGUGGUGGGCGGCGCGUGGCCUCGAGCCCGCGGACUGGCACGCGCUAGCCGCGAACACGCUCGUUGAGGUGUUCGACGCAGAAAUCCUAGUCGCACUAGAAGAGGGGGAGGCGCGCGUGCCGUUGGAGGAGGGUGCGGGCGCGGCGCGGUGGGCGGCGCGGUGCGCGCGCGACCCACCGCCCGACGUGCUUGGCAGCCGUGACACGUGGCCCGCGCCAGGUGUAUGGAGCGAGUGGUCUGGUACGGCGGCGCCGCGCGUGCCCGCCCCCUCGCUGGAGGUGGGCGCGUUCAGUCCGCGCGCCGCCCACCUGCCACCCCUCCCGCAUCCCGCGCUCGUCGCACUAGUGCUGCACAACAGGGAAUCAGACACGCCGGUGCCGCUAGACUCGGAGCUGUGUGCGGAAAUUCUGAAGACUCUGGAAGACGCACCCGAUUGUGACGACGCGAGAGAAGGCGUGGAGAGAUACCGCGGCGGGGCGGCGGGCAGCGAGGCGACGAGUGACGCGAGCGGCUCCGAUACGCCCGACGAGGAGACACGCAGGGAGCCGCGAGAGGAUGCCACCUGCAGAAUAUCUCCAUCAACCGAGCGGGCAGCCUGCCGCUGGACGCUGACGGGGCGGGGCGUGCGUCUACGCGCCGAUCUCGCUAGUCCCGAGGACGUCACGCUAGAUACCGACAGACACGUGGGUACGUCCGUCUGAGAGAGACAUACAGACAGAAACGAGACAUAUAUGACGAUAUACGAGACAUAUAUGACGAUAAACAAGACAUAUAUGACGAUAAACAGUUUCAAUACUCAAUUUAAGAGUGAGAUGGACAUAUAUCUGGCGAUAAAUGGCAGAUAUUGCUCAUUAUGAAAGUAAGAUGAAUUGGUACGAAAGUUGAGAAAGCGAUAAAUACAUCGAGUUGCAUGCAAUUGGGAAUAAAUAAUGUAGUAGGAAUAUGAGAGUGAUUUGAAGAAAUGAGAGCUAAAAAUGCGAUUUAGGUUCGGCGCAAGCGGAUGUUUCGAUAAAACGGACAUAAAGAAUGUACGCUAUCAUAAUAUAACUUGUUUAAAGAAUUAAGGCCAAUUUAGAGAAGUCUUUAAUGAUCUUCGAUUGGUACUCUCUUUAUAUGAGUUAUACUUGUGUAUAUAACCUAUUGUUUGUGUAACGA